ACACACACACACAUGUAUCACAUCUUCACGUGACCUCUUUUAUUACAACGUGUCGUGUGUUAUAAUAAUCAUUUAUGUGUAAUUAAUGCGAACAGAAACGAUAUUGUGCCAUAUUAAAAUACACCUCGAUGCAUUUUGAGUGUCUGUGAUUAUUAAAAAGGGGAAUAUUAUGAGAGCGAUAUCCAGAAUGUUUUGUUUUCCGUUUAGUUUCGUUUUGUCUUCCGCAGACAGAGGAAGGAGGGAGGAAGGAGGGAGGAAGGAAGGAAGGAGGAAGGAGGAAGGAGGAAGGAGGAAGGAGGGUCGCUCUUUACGCGCUGAACUUUGGUCCGAUCGGCUGCGUGUCGGCCGCGUUCCGUGUUGUUGUUGUCGUCGUCGUCGUGGUUGUUGUUGUUGUUGUUGUUUUACGGAGUGCGGAAGCGCGACGGGCUCGCGCGCUGCUCCCCCUCCUCCUCCUCAUUCCUCUUCCUCCUCCUCCUCUUCCUCCUCGGCAGCUGCUGGAAACGAAACUUUCGAAAGGCGCAGAGAGAAGAACGACCUCACCAUGCUCAACCUCUGACGGUGCCUUUAAAGAACGCGGGAUGGACGGAGGCCGAGGAGAGGCGGAGGACGAGGAGGAGGACGAGUUCGCCUGUUCCGGGAUGCUGCGUGGAUCCCUGAGCUCCGUGCACGCCACCGUGGAGCGGAUAUUCGGGGUGGCGUUCGCCAUCGGGGCCGAGGACCCGUCGGCGCACGGCAACGACGGGCAGAUAUGGCUGAAGCUGCGGGGGCCGAGCGGCGACGUGCACGCCGCCAAAUUGUUUGUGAAAGGACUCGUGAACCAGGAGGAGCAGCAGGAGGUUCCUUACCCCGAGGCUCUCCACUGCAUCUUCUGCGGCGCCAGGGGGCUGUUCGUGGACUGCCUGACCAAAAACACCUCGGCGCACAUCGUGGUCGGCUCCACGGGGUUCCUGCUCAUAUCGGGUCUCGCGGAGCCGGUGGUGCGAGCCUACUCCCUGAUCACCGACCUGGUGGAGCGGUGCGAGGGCCCGACGCCGUCCCGGCGCUCCGAGGCCCUCGACAGGGGCCCCGGAGAGUCUCUGGACUCACGCCGGGCGUUCAAGACUCUGGUGGAGAAAAGGGAGGACAAGCACAUCCUGGAUCUCCUCGUGCUGCCGGGGUCCGUGAAGGAAGUCCUGCUGGAUCUGGUGAGAGAAUCUGGUCUCGGAUCGCGCCCCGGCCCGGCCCCGACGGAUGGAAAUGCCGCGGCGGGGUCAGAUGAGGAUUUGGAGGACGUGUGGAUCAAACCUUUCGCCGCGGCGUACGCACUUUCUGAGCCUUCCAGGACUACGGAUCGGUGGGUCGAAGGUCCAGAGAAAUACUCGGAGGACUCCUUAUUCCGGUCCGGGGUCACCCGAGGGAGGGCGGAGGGUACCGAGGGAGGACUUGAUCUUCCUCCUCAGGAGGUGGCAGCAGAGCAGCAGGAGGAAGGGCAGGAGCCGCCGCUGUCGGUGGGGAACAAGGAGUUUGGGCUCCUUUUGAAGUUCUUCACCGCCAUGGGGUACACGGAGGACGUCGUGAAGCGGGUCAUCGCCCGCACGGGACUCAAGGAGGCCUCGCAGAUCCUGGACGCGGUCCAGCAGGAGCAGGAUCGCAGCGGCGCCGCCGCGAGUCAAAGCGAGCCGGGGCGCGGCGGAGAGGAAGAUAUGGAGGUCGGGGGCGACGAGGCGGCCGGCGAGUCGGGCGGCGGGGGAAAAGAGGGAGAGCACGAGGAGGACUUUGUCCUCGGCGUGGUGAAGAAGGCGGCCGCCAGCUGCGGCUACAUGGAGCAGGAGGUGGCCAAGGCCUACAGCAUGCUGCCCGAUCGGUCCACCCACCAGCUGCUCCUGGAGCUGCAGAGGGAGGCCACCACCCUCAGGGAGGGGCCGACGGAGGUGGACGACGUGGCGCCGGAGGAAGGCGACGAGGGAGACGUUGAGCUUUUCGCACCGGCGGAAAAGAGGACGUCUGACGACGGGGGGCGCGCCGAAGGGCCAGAUGUAACCGUAUCGGAGUUUAAUAAGUUCCAUAAACUCACAGAGCCACGGACGCCACGCCAAGUCGUGCUUCCUGAGGUGAAAGGGCCGCCCAUGCCCACGUAUCCCUCCGCCCUCAAUCUCCCACCCGCUAACAUCCAAUCCAACAAACUCCACUACUGGCCUGACCCCUCCACCUCCACCCAACCGACCCAAGACCACGUCUUGGAGCCCAAGACGUCUCCUGUCGUAAAACAAGCGCUCCAAGCCCCUCCUCCCCCCUUCUUCGCGAGGAACAACUCGUCUCCCACCCGAGCGAGGGAGAGGCGGGGCUUCGGGGGCUCUUCUUCGGUGGUGGUGACGGGGGAGCAGCGCUUCCUGGAGGGCCUGCAGGCGCCCUUCGACCUCCGGCUCACGGACAAACCCGGCGACCCCAAAGUGAGGACGGUCGUCAUCGACGGGAGCAACGUGGCCAUGAGCCACGGCUUGGGUCACUUCUUCUCCUGCCGGGGAAUCGCUCUGGCCGUGCAGCACUUCUGGGACCGAGGCCAUCGCCACAUCAGCGCCCUGCUGCCCCAGUGGAGGCAGAAGAGCGACCCCAAGAUCAAAGAGCAGCACUAUCUGAGCGAGCUGCAGAAGCUGGGCCUGGUCUCCUACACCCCGUCCAGAGAGGUGCAGGGCAAGAGGAUCAGCUCGUACGACGACAGACUCAUGCUGCAGCUCGCGCAGAAGACGGACGGAGUGAUCGUAACCAACGACAACCUGAGAGACCUGUCAGACGAGUCCCUGGUGUGGAGGGACAUCAUCAAAAAGAGAAUUCUCCAGUACACGUUUGUCGGGGAUCACUUCAUGGUGCCGGACGACCCUCUGGGCCGAGGAGGGCCUCACCUGGAUGACUUCCUGCGCUCCGAGCACAGGACCCCGGACCCAGGAAACCACUCUUUCGCCGGCGUCGCCACCACUUUCCCUUCCUCCAGAGCGCCGCGCUCCCAAACGGAGCUCCUGAACUUCCGCGACCGGACGCCGGGCGCGGCGCUGAUGAACGGAGCGGCCGGCGGAGGAGGAGGAGGAGGAGGAGGAGGAGGAGGAGGAGGGAGCCGGACGAAAGGCAGAGAAAAACCUGUGAAAGGGUGGGGCCUGGGACACGUGCUGGGGGUCCGGCCGGACAGGACCCCCGAGGAGACGGCCGGCCUCAAGGAGCAGCUCCGCCAGGUGUUUCCCGGCCAGGACAACAUGGUGGCGCUGGUGCUGCAGUGCCACCCGGCGCAGACGGACAUGAACGUGCUGUCGGAUCUGAUCCUGGAGCAGUAAACUACAAAAAAUGGACGACGGCGUCUUGUAGUUCUUUUUCUUACAUUUUUCCAAUUCCAAUUUAAAAGCGAUUGACAAUUGUGUUUUACCAGCAAAGCAAUAAUUGGCUGAUAAUUGUUGUUCUUCUUAAGUCAGGCGUUUACAAAAAGAGACCGUGUCAUGUUGGAAGGUAUCUGAAGCUGGUUGCAGCAAGAAUCCCCCAUUUUAUUGUGCUCACCUCUUCACCACCAGCAGCCCCUUUAAAGAUGUAAAGAGAGAGAGAGAGAGAGAGGUUUGGCCCCUUUGAUCAGCUGUUCACGAACAAAUGGAUCAGGGAUACUAUAUAAUAUGAAUAUCUAAAACACCUAUUUGAUGGAACAUCCCAAAGGUAUUCAUUCACUUUGAGUUACGAUCAAAUAUCGGCCUCCUUAUUUGUCUUAAAAACAACCGCGUUAAAAACGUACAGUUUGUGUUCUCGUGAGAAAAUAUUGAGCCAGUUUUUAAGAGGAUUUCCAUCUUUUAAGAAACAUAGAUUUUUUUUUUUUAAGAGCGAGAUAUACUUAUUCUGAAUUCCUUAUAACCCGCUGGAGCUUUAAGAUUGUAUAGCUACGUGUUUUAUAAACAAACAAAAAAGUAGACAACAAAGAGGCGCUGACAUCAUACUAAACCAAUCCUACAUAUAUCCCCUUAUUUUAUUAUAUAUUUAAUUUAUUUUAAGCAGGUCUGAUCGUGUCCGGAUCGCGACGGGGAAUCGCCCAAAAAGAUCGGAUCCACUUUAAACUCUUUUCCACUGAAUCCUCUUAUUUGCGUUGUUUAUAUAAAUGUGUAAAUGUUGAUGUUGAUUUCCGCCAUUUUUUUUUUGUUGCUUUUUCUUCAUUCCAAAAAAAAAAGUGUCUUAAAGUAUCUUUUAAAAAUGUCUUUUUAACGUGUUUCCGUGGUUACCGUGUGGCUCUGAUUCAGGUUUUUAGGUUAAAAACGGGGCUAAGUGUGGUUUUAAAAAAGUGGUGUUGAGGUCACAUUUACACACAAUAAUAUAAUAUAAACGGCGUUAUAUGCAUUCCAGAUGCAAACAUUUUCAUUUUCUCAUUAAUUUUAGCUGUUUUUUUUUCACCUGCACAUCACCAGAUUAAUACUAAUUUGGAUUAAUGUCCGCUAAUGUGGAGUAUGUUCGUCUCUGGUUUCUAGUUAUGAAGCACACACACACACAAUGUCACACACACAAUGUCACAUGAUCAAUGUCGUCCAUUGUGACAUUGGGCAACAUCAGGAUAUUGAUCAUUAAUGCGUGUCUGUAUGUGACAAAAACGCCAAAAGAGAACAAUAAAGUAUUAAUUUUAUUGAAUAUUUUUUGGUAUACAUUUUCUACUAACAGGUGAUGUUUGUCUAGACAGCUUCUUUAUUCCCACUGUGACAUUUAAGCAGUCCUGUGUGUCUUUUGAUUAAUUAAAACCUGUGUAACUCUUUAUUCUAUGGACUGGCACACAUAUUACAUACAGACCCGGUAUUUACAACGUGAUAAUAAACUGCAGUUCACAACGCCGUCCUCUAGGGGUCGCUCUUCGCCAACGUUUGAGAAGAGGCAUAUCGAUUGAAUUGAAUUCAUAAUUAAUAUAUUUUUGCACAAAAAAAGUUGCGCAAUAAACAUAUUGUAUUCCACAUGAAAAUAUAAAGACUAAUGAGCCUUGUUUUUUUGUUAUUUUUGGGACUUCCUCCCUUCUGAGAAUAGAGCCAUAACACACCGGUUGGGUGAGUUGUGAAACAAUUCUAUCUAUUUUGGGAACAUAAUGAGUGACGCGUGAUUCACCUUUGCACAUAUAGGCGUUAAUAAUAAUAAUGUAAAUGGCUGUCAGUGUCUGAAGGCUAUUUUUACACAUUUACGUAGCGCCCAAUAAUAGAAAAGUGGGUGUCAAAACUCCACGAGAGUAAACAAAAUAAAAGAUUGUUAUGAAUAGGUCCAGAAGGAAUAAAAAAAUGAAAAGUAAUGUUUAGGUCUUGUUUGUUCUCUUGACUGUUUAGUGGCAUAUUUUGCUGUGGCUGCAUAUUCUGUUACUUAAUAUACUACUGAGUAUGUGAAAUAUACCUCUGAAUAUUGUUUUAACCUACAAUAAUAAAAAUGUGACAGGA